AUGGCAGAUGGGAAAUAUAAGUGUCAUGAGUGUCACAUGACUUUCGAUUCUACGCAACUUCUACAGAAACACAAAAAGAAGUUUUGUGUUGGUGGAAAUAUUGGUGACCCGGAUAACUUGUUGCUGAGAAGAGGCCUCUAUUCAGCAGGCACACCGUCCCCACGACCCCAUUCCCCCGAUGUGAAAAAAGCAGAGAAGAAGCCAUCCAUUUCAUCUUACUUAGUGGCGGAACUGAAAAAUUAUAAGGAGAAUCGCAAUAAAAUUCGAGACUUGCGCAAUCUAGAGGAGAGGAUCUUGCUAGACACUUUGGAAGACACAGACCGUAAGCUUGGCUGGUCAACACGUCAUCCUAGUCGAGCUCGUUCAAACCUGCCUCUCUCGCAUGACCAAGAAGUCCGACAUCUUCAACUGGAGUAUGAGAAUUUGAAAGAAAAAAUAUCCACAGACCGUAAUCGACGUCCAGUCAUGAAGCCGUCUGACAGGAGACCACGCAAGAAUUAUCAACCUGUAGUACAGCACACUGACCGUCCAUCUCGUCAGGAUAAUCGGUCAGUCAUGUCCGAUGCUAGCAUGAGCAUUCAUCUUGAUGAUGAUAGGAAGAAAAAAAACCCACUUGACUAUCAGAGGUAUAAUCCAAACCAGGAUUCCCAGCUCAAACAACUGGCAGAAAACCAUGGUCGGCAGAUGGAAUACCUCCAGAUCAAAAACCGAGACCUGGAAAAACAACGGGAAGAUAUUAGACGACGUCUUGAGGAGCUGGCUAACAAGGGAAGCAAACCACAACCCACAGAUAAUACAACACAACUUCUGUCAGAACUCCGUGCCCAAGAGGAACGUAACAAGCUGGCACUGGACGAUCUCAGAAGGCAACUUUAUGACAUCCAUGGUCAACGAGUCAACUUCAUAGAGGUAGAGAAGGCCACACAGCCCCAGCCCCCAGCAUUGCCAGCCACUGACCGGAAGUCUUACGUUUAUCCUGUAUACUAUGGCAACUCACUGGUGGCCGAGAUCAGUGCAAUGAGGCAGGCAUAUCUCCAAAAUGGUGGUAAUGAUCCUGAUGUGCUGGCACAGAUGGCACAGAUGCAGGCUGAGGCUCAAAGUAUAGAGGAUGGCAUGAAACAGGCUCCAGAUAAAAAAGACAAGAAGGACCAUCUUGGCCAGCUACAGAUGCUGGAGAUAGAGAACGAAAGACUACACAAAGAGCUGAUGCUUCUACAGGAACAGAACUUUCAUAACCGGAAGAAGUCUGACCGAGAAGAUGAACUUGAGGCACAGCUACGACGCCUUCAGGAGGAACAGCUGAGGAAGAUGUUACAGCUUCAGAAUGAGAUAGAGCUGCUUAAACAACAGAACCUGUUAAAACAGACAGCACGCCUCCCUCCUCCAGCACCGAACAAUGCAGACAUGCCAUGGAUGAUGCAGCGCCCCUAUGUGGACGUAGAACCUAUGCAGCCGUACGACCAAUAUGCUGGAUUUGUGAUAUUCUACGAUUUUGUACUGAAUCUGGAGCCAAGUGUGUCAGCAUGUCGACUCAUUGUGGGUCUUCACAGUACCUCCCAGGCCAUGGGGGAGCCCACUGUUCUACCUACCGUUUACUGUGAGCCCGCCACAAGAGCUACCUACAUGCAGAAUGUGUCAAAUGCUGUGAUAGGGGCACGACAGCCUGUACCCAAAUGUCCACCAAGCUCAGACCUGGGUAUAGUUGUGGAGUUACAGCUGUCUGGAGGACCAGCAUCUGAAUAUGACAGACAUAGUCUCAUCACUCGUGCGUGGGUUAAAAUCCCCAUAUUUGACAAUGACCAGAGGCUAAUGGCUGGAAAGUUCCGUAUACCCUUCCGAAAUGUCCCAAUCAAACCAUUCUUCCAUGCUAGUCAGCUACAGACCCUCCAAAAGUAUGGAGACUGUGAGCUAUAUUACCGCCUGGUUAACAUGCGAGACAUGGAGAUUCAGUCGAUGAACCAGAUAUCAGCCAACAACCAAAACCAGUACCGAGCACCAAAUAUUCCUCAACCGCCCCCGAACCAUAAACCAUUUACUCCACAAAUUCUCCCUCCUCCUCCCCCCUCUGCCUCUAUCCCUGGGUCUGCAGGAGAGGGCAAUCAUUACAGCUCUAGUGUUAAACAUAGUACUGCUAUCAGCAGCCGCCAGGGACAGCGCUUACCUACUAUACGCAACGUCCCCCUCCAGCCACAGGAUACAACAAUCGGAUUCCAGGUUGACCGUAUUAAGCAUGCGGAACAGGGGGAGGGCAAAAUGAGACUAACUGCUUAUUAUGCUUCUACUGGAAAGGUUGUACAAUCUUCUGCUGGUCCUGUUACAUGUAGUACUACUGCUGUCAGGUCUAACUUCAAACAUGGCUACCAUGUCUUCGGCCAACAGGAGGCCACUUUUAGUGACAUCGAGAUGCAGGGAGAUAUGAUACUCAUGGCACGCUUCUAUUUACGCAAACGACAACAAGAUGAUAAUGACGACUAUUUGAUACAGGACAAUGCUCAGGAAGCAACACUUUAUGACAAUGAAACUCUUGUAGCUUGGGGAGCCAUUCCCAUUGUGCUCUCCAAUGAUCCACACAUCACAUCUAGAUCUAGAAGGAACUUUAACCCAGGCACUAUGAAUAUUAAUACUGGGACACACACAAUGAAAAUGUACUAUCCUCCCGUGGCGGAGGUCGGCCAAAUACCGUUUGAGGACUUCCCUACCAACCGUGAUUGGAAACGCUAUGGAAGGAGUACUCUUAGGAUACACAUCUUCCAGGGUGAGCCGCGCCCUGGAUCUCUCACCCCUAGUGAAAACUCUGAUGAUGGAGAGGAUAUUCUUCCGGAGUAUGCCUGGCUGCCCCUGGAGAGAAAGGCCCCUCCUAAGGAUCCCUUCCUCAGGGGAGAUGGAUUUGACGUGUAUAUAGAUGGAGGAAGGUAUUUUCCAGACUCUGUCAGCUUCACAAAGGUGGCUGGUCGACUGCUGGACAGGAAGUAUGAGGUCCAUGGUCGUGAUAUAAGUACCGCAGUCAAACUGGACAGUGAUAUACAUAGCCCAGUGUAUGAGGACAAGACCGAGUUCAGAGAGAGUAACAUUCCCCCGUCAGCCACGCUUCUACUCAAGAUCUAUACUGUAGACAACUUCUACAAGGGACUAACUGUGGUUGGAUACUCCACACUCAACAUCUUUGUAGAGUCUGGAACCGAGAGACAGCCUGCCAUAGACAAACCAGGACUACAGGUUUCUCUUAAUGAGGGAGCUCACCAGUUACGCCUGUACAGUCAGGGACCUAAUGGAGUUGACCCCCUUACUGAAUCGUGUUUGAGAGACGCGGGGAUUAGGGUUGUCCCCUGUGCAUCACUGCUGGUCAGGAUCACUAGGGUACCCAAGGGACCCAAUGGCCAUGCCCUUGAGGCCUCCAAGGUCCCACAGGCAGACUGGUUACGACUAGGCCUCUGGCAGCCCCGUCCCAAGUACACGGACCGUAUCUACUACUCCAGUAAGUGCAUGCCAUCCAAGGGGGAGAGCAAACUGUUCCACUCCAUGAUGCGGCGACCACCCAUGGCUAACAGGGAUGCUGUGGCGAGGAUGGCCCAGGCAAAGGAGAGCUUCUUCAGGAGUGACAAAAACAUUGAAGAGUUCAUAAGGAACAAGCUUACCAAGUCUGUAGACCAGAAACCUCUAGAUCAGGACUUGAACUUUAUAGCCACCUACAGCCCUCGACAAGGCUUGAAGAUAGCAGUGGACAGUGCUGCCAACCUUCCUUGGUCCAACUUUACCCAUGCCCAUGUGUGCCUUAACCCUCCAGGAGCCUUUUAUCUGGGAGCACCUCAUGCCACUUAUGACAAACUCACAUUCACCGAGAUGCUUGAUCUGAACAGUACCAACUCCUCACCUGCCUGGAAAGAUGGAUUCAAGCAUUUUCCACGUCGGUCCUUCCAUCGUUACCUGACACACAUCAUCCAUCUACAGGAGGUGUCUGUCACUGUAGCCAGAGAGAACUAUAAGUACGGACUCAUAGAACAGGCAUGGACGGCUGUACAGGCAUUCACAGACAGGUACGCCUACACCAGUAUCUUCCAGCUCCCCCUGUACCAAGGCUCCCCCACACCUCAAAUGCUUAAACAGCUGGCUAGGGAACCAUGUCAAGAGUGGAUGGAGCGAAACCUCCGCAGCAGGGCUAUCCACCUAGUGGAUGGAGCAUCUGUGUUUGUCCGUCUUUCUGAUGCCAGGAGAGAUGAUGAGUUACCAGGGGACAUAGCGGGCAAUAAACUAGUUGAGGUCAAUACAGACUAUAUUCCCUCGGGAUUGGAAGAGGCAUACAAUAAAGAGAAGCCAGGAAAAGUCCUCGGUUCACUUGUCCCUACCGGCAAGACUCCGGAAGCUUUUGUAGAUGGACUGGCUCUUAAGUUCAAAAAUUUGGUCUACAAGCUGUAUGAAGAUAAUGGUCCAUGAUCUUUAGAGACUGAAGAAGAU